AUGUCGGACGUAGAAUAUAAUGAAAGAAGACGUAGUAGGUCAAGGUCGCCAGCCUCCAGAUAUGAAAAUAGUGAUAGAGAUAAUAGAAGGGGUUAUUAUAGCAAUGAUGCAAGAGGUUCUUCUUAUAGACGUCCUGUAAGAGGUUAUAAUGAGAGCAGGUAUGGAGAUGCAUACAGUAGCCGUCGUGGUAACAGCAGGAGAACCGAUGGCAGGGUUAUGAGGUAUGAUGAUAGAUACGAGAGCAGUAGAUACGAUAAUGGGUAUAGUGAUCAUAGAGGUAGAAGAAACGACAGAUACCCAAGUGGUGGGAGAGGAGGCGGAAGAAGAGGUGGGAGAGAGGAUAGAGGUUUCAGAAGUGAUGAUAGAAGAUCUAGAGGCUACCAAGGUGGUCGCGCUAGAGGCGAUUAUGGUCCAAGAUUAGACAAGGAUUUAGACUCCUCGUAUGAAGAAAAAGUUAAUAGAAAUUACAUCAAUAGUAUAUUUGUCGGUAAUUUGACUUAUGACUGUACACCUGAAGACUUAAGACAAUUGUUCGAAAGCAUUGGGGAAGUUGUUAGAGCUGAUAUCAUUACUUCUAGAGGUCACCACAGAGGAAUGGGUACAGUUGAAUUCACAAAUCCUUCCGAUGUCGAUGAAGCUAUUAAAGAGUUCGAUGGAACUUUCUUCAUGGAACGUCAAAUAUUUGUAAGACAAGAUAAUCCUCCACCGGAGGAGUCCCGCAGAGAAAAGAGAGAAAGAGAACCAGUUGACUUUAGAACAAAUGGAAGAAACAAAAGGGAUGAUAGAGCCACCUUAGAGAACAACUUUAAUGGAUAUGAGAUUUUAAUUUCCAACCUUCCCUACUCAAUCAACUGGCAAGCAUUGAAAGAUAUGUUUAAAGAGUGUGGUACCGUUCUACGUGCAGACGUCGAUUUAGACGAGCAUGGAUACUCUCAAGGUACUGGUGUCGUUUUAAUGGCAGACAAAGAAGCUAUGGAAAGAUCAAUUUCUAAAUAUGAUGGUUACAAUAUUGAGGGUAACGUGCUAGAAAUUCGUGAAGGUAAUAACAAUGAUAUAAAAGAAACUGAAGAUGGUAACGAACCUGUUUCAAUGCAUACAAAAAAUGAAAAUGAUGGCGAAAAUAAUGAUAAAAUAGAGGACACUAAAAGCUCGACAAAAGCGUUUCUUGAAGGUGUAGUAGGUGGUGGUGAAAAAAGUACAUUAGUUUACUGUAGUAAUUUACCGUUCUCUACUGCUAGAAGUGAUUUAUAUGAUCUGUUUGAAACUAUUGGUAAACUAAAGAACGCAGAAUUGAAUCAAGAUGCAAGUGGUGCACCAACCGGUAUUGCUGUUAUCGAGUACGAAAAUAUUGAUGAUGCUGAAAUCUGUAUCGAUAGACUGAAUAACUACAAUUACGGUGGAUGCGAUUUAGAUAUAUCAUAUGGUAAAAGACAAUGA